ACAACUGUGGUGCUGAUCAGACAGACGCACCAAUUUAAAGAGCUGCGUUUUACCUCCCUGGUCGUUAGGCUUGCCAUUGUUACUUUCGUUUUGCGCGAGCGUCCUGUGCAGCCUUGGAGGGUUAAGAAAGAAAGAAAGAAAGAAAGAAAGAAAGAAAGAAAGAAAGAAAAAAGAAACAGACAGCAAAAGUAGAGAGAAGUCAGAGGCUGUAAUUAGAUUCCCUAAUCAGCAGAAUUGGCAGCAGGUGUGAAUUCAUGUCUGUAUUUUCCCCGCAGAUAUACUGCCCAGUGUUUGUGCCCAGCCGAGAUAUGACUGAGGUGAUGAUCAACAGCACCCCCAUGGAGGACAUGAGGCUCAGCCCCAGCAAGGACAGACUCUCCUUCCAGAUAUUUCCCGACCCAUCAGAUUUUGACCGCUGCUGUAAGCUCAAAGAUCGCCUGCCAUCCAUCGUUGUUGAGCCGACAGAGGGAGAAGUCGAGAGCGGAGAGCUUCGCUGGCCUCCAGAGGAGUUCCUGGUCAGUGAGGAGGAGGACGAUGACGAAGAGGAGGAGGAGGAGCACAACAAUGGCAGCAUCCAAAACGGACAGCCCACACAGAAUUCUCAGCACUAGAGGCCGUGUUGCAGCACCCAUACUCUUUUGUUCUGUUUCUUUCUAAUCGACUCUCCCUUUCACACACUGGUUACACCUCACCUCAGCACUCGGCAGACUCGACUGGCGGACACGCAUUCAGUGUCCCGCGAUGCCAUCUCGUCGCCCUCGACACCAAAGCAUCACUCCCACAAGAGAAGCAAUACAUACAUGCACACAUACUUUCUCACACAAUAAUUUAUCCUCCUGGACUUCACAUCCACCCAAGCAGACUUGAAAAGACCUGACACGCACACGUCUAACCUACACCCACUUCCUACAAUGCCUACCACCGUGCGUGUCUCGGCCCAGAACGGAUGUCCCGUUGGACAGCGGCAGCUCAGUGCCCCAUGGACAGGCCUUGCACUGCAGGGGGCAACUACUGCUUUGUACUUUACUCCAAAAUGGCUGGCGUCAUGACCCCAGAGGCUUUAUACUCCGUACAGAACUACUGUGGUACCCGUGGGGAUUAUUGUCCACAGCACACUGUCUACACUUGUUUCAGUUUCUGGAUUGAUAUGUUAAUUAUUGUGAUUGCCACUGCUGUCCAUAGAUGUGUCUGUUUGUGACACGUGAAUGUUUUGUGAUUUGUCAGUUUUUUGAGAAGUGGGUUUUUUGUGCAAAACGUUACUGGGAUUUUUUUUUUUUUUUUUUUUUUUUUUUCUCUCGUUGCAGGAUUCGUCUAAAUUAUAUUUUUGUGACCUUGUCAGCAUUUACAAAAAAAAUUUUAAAAAAGCAACAUGGAAUCGUUAUAGAGAAGUGAUAAGAAAGUGAAGGGGGGGGAGCCGUACCAUGGUAAAUAGUCGUGCUAUGAUCCUCUCAUCACGUCAGCCUCCUGUAAGCCUAGUGACAAACUGUAGUUAAAUGACAAAGCACGCAGGGUGUUGUUCAAAAGGAGAGUUGAAUAAGUAUGGGGGGAAAUUAUAAUUUUUUUUUUUUUUUUUUUUUUUGGGGGGGAGGGAAAGCAAUGUAUAGUCCCAAUGAAGGAUAUGUAAAUACUUAUUCUCUAUUUUUAUUUUUAGAAAGACAGAUGGAGAAUCGCUCUGAGCUGUACACACCUGAACUCAAAGCUGUCUUUCCUAGUCUUCCCGUUCUUUUUGAAAACAGCCAUACAUUUGACAUUGCGAAGUUCAGGUCAUGGGGGAAUUCACACUAUAGGACAGAGUUCACAAUCAAGGAUACAGGCAAUGUUCACUCCACUCACAACAUUAGUCAUGUUUGCCAAAAGCUAUUAAUGGGGAAUCUUAUUUACUUUCUAGUAGUAAUGUCAUUUCAUUCACCUGUAUUGCAAUUUCAAAAGUUGGUGGGUUGUUUGUUUUUUUUUUUUUGUUUUGUUUUUUUUUUUUUUUUAACUCUUUAAAUUGCAACUUAUUGUUUUGAAAAAAGUCUUGUCAAUAUGUGGAAAAGAUUUCACUUUUUGUGUACACAAUCUGAAAUACUGUUGCACAAGCAUGACUGAUAUACUAUGUCUCUGUUCUUGUCAUUUUUAAUUUGAGUGGCAUUAGGGCUGUGUACAGAACAUCUCUCUUUCCUCCUCUGUCACCCACAGAUCCCACAUUGUUUUUGUAAAGCUCAGGGAGAUUAGCCGCCAUCUUUCUCUUGUGUUUUUUUUGUUUGUUUUUUUUCUUUUGUAUUUAGACCACUUUUCUCUGACUAUUGCAGAGGCUGUAAAUAAACAUUUGAAUUUGCUAUCCAGCUGUGACUGCUGUGAGAAUAAUUGACUAUGAAGAGUUGCUGCCAUUUUAAUGGUGAAGUAAAUUAGUCUUUUACAAUGGUGAUCCUUCAAUGCAUUUAAAGUAGUGUUUGCAAGAGACUUUACUUUUGUGUUUACUUUCAUUUUCCUUCAUGUGAACCCCCUCCCCAACACACAUCUCUUUUCCCCACUCACUUCACCUGCAGUGGUUAGAGAAAAAACGCAUUACUUCCUGCACAGCACCUUUCACAUACAGAAUCUCUCUACGAAUACAGAUGCAUGUAUCAAAUACGUGUAAAUAUAGAAGCGAGAGCAGGCCACAUGUUACUUCCUGUGUUCAACUCGCACACAAAUAAGAACAGUUUCACUCCUUGUUACAACAAAAUCUUAUUCCUUAACACUGAGCAGCUUUAAUUUCUACAUUCUAAAAAUGGUACGUCUUUAAGAUAUUCAAUUAUGCCAUUCAGCAAUAUGGAGAACACUGGUUUGACCUACCACUCUUUUAGAGACUUUACAAUUGCAGAAGUAUUAAAGAUAGUAGAGGGUAUAAAAGGCUGUGGAAGCAACUCCUCACGCUCUACCCAUAAACACUCACCACAAUGAUGCAAGACUAAUAAAAUGUGGUUGAGUGGAAAAGCUCUAAUGGGGAACUGGGGGAUUUUACAGGAAUAAACAAAGUUUUUUGAUCACAGUUAAUGGAAACCUCUCAGGUGAUUUGCUGCAAUGUACUGUAUUAGUGACCCACUAGGUCAAGUUUGAUUGCUGAGUACUGGGAAUAGUCCAUCAGAGUUGCUGUGGUAGAGCCUUUAAGGGCCAAGGGCCCCAUACAUUGGUCAAGGGGGUACUUUCAGGGCCUUACGGUCACUUCCUGGAAGGAGAACAAUGAACUGACAUUCUAUCCUGCUUCCUCCUUCCUGGAAAAACUGGAGCAUGAAGAGUUAUUAAUACCCCCCAGCUGAUAAAGGUGGUCAGCAGCAGUGAGUGCGUCUGGCCCAGGUAGCUUGUGGCUAGUUCUGAAUAGUUCUAAAAAAUGAAUGUCCUUUGUCCCCUUCUUAAUGAUUGUCCCUUGAUCUCAGUGGAAAAAGUCAUGAGAUCAUGGAAAGAACAACUCAUAAGAAGUUAGGAAAGGACAGAUUAGAGUCCUUAGAGAUACUGACCGAACUCGCAUCCAGCUACGCAAUAAUGUGACGUCAGCCAGAAACCUCUGAACUUUGUGUCAUCUUUCAAAUAUUGCUGGAGAAAGCAAUAUACUUCAGUUUAAUAAAGAAAAGCCCUGUAUUUUUUAGGCUAAAGGAGAUAUGACAGGAAUUCCUGGAGCAUCAUCACCUUGGCAUUUAGACAUUUUGAGUACCUCUUAUAUUCUGCUCUUCUUCUUCAGCCACUUCACAGCCGAUUCAUUUGGGUUCCUUACCUUAGCAACUGAAGACUUUUUGACUGUAAUCAGUCAUUAAAAUUUACUUUGGCUGUAAAUGGGAAAACUGCUAGUCUGGCUUUGUGGGGGCACUAACAUGUGACAGCAUCACACAGAUAAUAAAACUCACAUCUAAAGCUCGCUAGUUAACAUGUUAAAUCUUCAUUGUCUUUACAUAACUACUAGGAUAAGCUAAGCUUAGCUAACCAUCUACUGGCUCUGACUUUACGUUUACCACACUGUCUUGAGAGUCAAUCUUCUUAUGUAACUCUCGGCAGAAUCGUGAAUAAGCAUAUUUCAUAAAAUGUCCCACUAAUUGUUUAAUAAGUCCUACAGAUGUUUUUUUCCUUCCCCUGAAAUUAAAUGGUGGCUUAUAUAGUUGUGGCAAUUUUGUGUAACAAGAAAACUUUUCUCAAUUUGAAAUCAAGUUUUCCGGGCCUUUACUUUUAUGUUGCUCUGUGAACAUGCUCCCUCUUAGUUGACUUCAGUAAAGACUUGAUCCUCUUUA